AUGUUGCGUGUCAUCCUUUCGCCUUCUAGAAGCACUUGUCCCAAUUCUCCGCCAUAUUUUCUGCCCGCUCCGCUGCCGUCAUUCAGCCUUCAGACUGGAAACGGAGAGCAUCUGACCAGACAUCCCUACUGCAGGAUCAACCUGGCCGUGCCUGUCCUGGACAGAUUUCUUAAUAAUGGAGACACCAGGCAGGGUUUUAGGCUGAGCAGAGAGUCCCUGGCAGUGCUGCUGAACCUUCUCCACCAGGAUCAGAGACAUGGAUUGGGUGCCACAAUAGAGACCUUGGUGUUCCUUUUCUGGCUGGCGAGUGGGGCAUCAUACAGGGUGGUCUCACGGGUGUUUGGGAUGCCUCGUUCCACUGUCCACCGCAUCGUCCACCGAGUUACUGGGGAGGUGGUGGCCAUUCGCCACAAGGUCAUCCACCUCCCAAAGACCGCUGAAGACCUGGCGGCAGUAACUCGUGGGUUUGCAGGGCUGGCAGGACACAGAGCCUUUUUAAAGGCUGCUGGAGCGAUGGACGGCUGCCAUGUCAGGAUCAAGCCACCAAGCGGCCCUGAUGGUCACUGCUACCUGAACAGGAAAAUGUUUUCAUCAAUUAUCCUUCAGGCAGUUUGUGACCAUCAGGGCCGCUUUGUGGACGUGUACGUGGGCUGGCCGGGGUCGGUGCACGACUCCAGAGUACUCCGGCACAGCCCACUGUACACACAGGCGGCUUACCCUCCUCCAGGGCACUUCAUCCUCGCAGACGGCGGGUACCCAUGCCUCCAGCAUCCACUCCCCCUCAUCACUCCCUACAAGCGACCACUGCAAGGUGUGGGACCCCAGCGCUUUAAUGCCCAUCAUUCCAGGGCACGCUCUAUCAUCGAGCGUGCCUUUGGAAUGAUGAAGACCAAGUUCCGGGCCAUCUUCUUUAAAGCGCUGGAGGUCAUAACAGCAUGUGCCGUCCUGCACAACAUUUGCCUGGGGGUGGGUGACAUCAUGCCCCCAGAGGAUGAGCUGCAGGACGCCAUGGAGGAGGAUGAGGGGGAGAACGGGCUGGAGGCCGCCAGUGGUGCUCUGUGGCGGGAACAGCUGUCUGCGGAGGUGUCUGCCCUGGAGGAGGUUAUCCCUGACCACGACUAUCUUUAG